AUGGUCAUAUUUCUUUUUUUCUGUUUUCUUUUUUUUACAGCCCAUUGCUGUGUUUGUUCGUCCUCUGAUGAUAUUGUGAAUUUACAUGACUCCUUGUUCAAGAAUUACAGAAACAGUGUCAGGCCUGUAAGAAACCAACACGAUGCUGUACACGUUAAUAUCUCCUUCAACAUCAUCAUGAUACAUGACUUGGAUCUCAAGAAUCAAGUGUUGACUACCAAUGCAUGGCUGAGAAUUGCGUGGACAGACGAAUUCCUAACCUGGAAUGCCACUGAUUUCAACAAUGUCACCGAAAUUCUAGUGUCCAGAGGAGAGGUCUGGACACCUGAUCUUCUUGUGGAAAACACGGCUUUCGGUUACAGAGAACUAGGGAUAGAAAAGAUGUUGCUAAAUUUGGACAAUAAAGGUCAGAUUAUAUGGGAGCCAGGACUGAUCACUCAGACAAUCUGUGAAGUGAACAUAGCAAAGUAUCCUUUUGACAGUCAGCAUUGUUCUAUCCGUGUCAUGUCCUGGAUGCACACCAAUCGCUCAUUGCAAGUAUCAGUGGCGAGAGACUUCAUCGACACAACAAAUUACUAUCCUAAUGGUGAAUGGGAUUUGGUACAUACACGGGUAAAAGCAUUUUCUCCAGAAGAUGGGAGUUACAACGUCGGUGAAAUUCUCCCAGGAGCUGAGGCCAUCAUCGAAUUAAGAAGACGCCCUGUAUACUAUAUAAUCUCUACUAUUCUGCCCAUUUCCAUGUUGUCUUUGCUGAACGUUUUGGUUUUCAUGCUUCCGACUAAUACAGGGGAGAAAAUGACCUUAGCGGUCACGGUGUUGUUAUCAUUUACCGUCUUCAUGAGCGUGGUCAACGAGGUGAUGCCCAAAACCUCCAACAGCGUCUCAAUACUAGCUGUGUAUCUAACCAUUCUUUUGACUAUGAGUGGACUCUCCGUGGCAUCAACAGUACUUGUCCUUCACUUUCACCACCAUGCUGAUAUGAACUCGUCUCCAAAUCGCAUGCGCAAUUCUCGAGUCUAUGACGUACAGAGAGCAAAUAGCAUCAACAACAACAGAUGUCGUAAAAGUUCCAGCAUGAGAAAAGGUAAUACAAGGCCUUCUUCAGAGAAGCUGUUAGAAGAUUAUAUGGAAGUGGACGAUUCAGGUGAUCAAUCCAGCACAGAAGUGAACGUCUGCUGUCGAAAGCUCCGACUCAAGCUAGAAAGCUGGAGAAGACGACGAAAACGUCGAACUCUAGGACGGCAGUUUGCUGAAAAAUUGGAUAGAGCGUUAUUUUGUACCGUUACCGUGCUUACAAUAGCAUCCACAGUUGUUGUGAUGGUUUUAUUAAUUUACUGGUAACUGUGACUUACACAUGUUCAUGUCAUUUAUAUGUCAUUUGAUUGGAAUUUUCAGUGGGACUGAUAUUUUAUAUUUUUGUCAUAAAUCAAAACAUUAACCGUUUAUCAUAUGGAUA